AUGCCUCCGCAGAACUACCGCAGGCUCGCCGAGAUGAAAAAGAACCAGGGACAUGCUGCAUCAUCAUCAGUCCACGCUGUCGCAGCAAUCGAAUUCGCCGCAGGCGAUUCGGGUCUGGAAGCGCAGCGUGGCCGUUUACCGCAAGCAGCGUCUAUCGCUGGGCCAUUCCCCGCAGCAGAUCAAGCAGAGGCGGCUCAUGAUUCUCUCCCAGGACUACUGGCGUGUCGAGGCCGAGGCUUUGACGAGGCUAGCCAGCAGCGACCCCCCAAGAUCAAGACGCCCUCCGCUCCGCUUGGAAUCCGUGACGGGGAGAGUUUCGGAUGGCACAAGGUCAAGAAGGAGGCGCCGUCCAGACGAGGCCGAUGUCGAGACGUCCACCAGCACAAGGGAUGGCGCCUAACCAUGAGUCCCAUUGGUCCUGCACGCACAAGAUCAGCACUACAAGUAGCCUGA